AUGGCGAGCGGGCAGUCGGUGUUCAAGGGCGCGCUCGGCUGGGACGACUGGAUCUGGUGGGUGGCCAUCGGCUGCGUGGCGCUGCUGAUCCUGCUGCUGCUGGUGUGCUGCUGCGUCUGCAUGCAGCGCGCCAAGCGCAAGGGCCACGAAGAGGCCAUCGCGGCCGUGCAGGCUCGCCAGCGGCUCACACAGGAGCGCGAGCGCGCCGAGCAGCAGCAGCAGCAGCAGCAGCAGCAGCAGCGUCUGCAGCAGGCGCAGAACGCCUACCAGCCCCCGGGCUACGCGUACUCCAAGCAGGUGACGGCGGUGCCGCUCGCGCCCGCGCCGAACCGCAAGAACCUCGGCCCGCAGAUGGCCGCCAACGGCUACCGAGACAACGGGUCCCAGCUGCACAGCGACCAGUUCCCCAAGGCGUACCCGCCGCUGCCCGGUCAGCAGCAAUCGGCGGUGGAAUCGCCGGCGCACCGCAACUACCAGCCCCCACCGAAAUGGUACAACGCCCAGCGGAGCAGUCCGUUGAGCCACGGCUUCGAGGCCAACGCGCCCCGGCUCAGCUCCGGCAGCUUCAGCUACGAGCCGCACACGAGCUCGCAGUACCCGGACAGCAUGCGUUACGACGACCCGUACGCGGAGGGAGGGGGUGUCGACGGCGUGCCCUUCAUGUCGGUCACGUCGCCUUCGGCGUCCAAGAGCUCCAAGGGCAACAACAGGAAGAACGGCGUCAGGCUGCAGAACCAGGCAGCUUCGUCCAACAGUGGACACGACCAGAUCCCCGCCCCCGUGGUGGUGCCCAGGUACACGCAGGCGCCGUCAACGCCGUCCGAGGCGCGAGCGAGUGCUGGAUCCUCCGGGGUGUCGGGGGGAACGCUGCAGUCCCGCAUCGAUGCAUUGCGAUCGGCGGACAGCAACGACAUGGUGCACUCACGCAUCAGUGUCGCCCCUGAUGAGGUGCCAGACUCCUCUUCUGCUAGAGCGGGAGGGGUUAUGUGGAGUGUACAGAUGCCGAGAGCAUUGGCCGCCCAGGAGUCGUACGCUUCGGGACCGGAGCGACGCUCUGGAUUGCUGAAGGGAAGUGUGCUGUCGCCCAACUCGUCGGCGAUGUCGCCGUCCCCGUUCUCGUCCCCGUCCGCUUCAUUGCAGAGCGAACAGAGCUACGAGACCUUUGACCCCGACGCGUUCAACAGCGCCAAGUCCACGGAGCUUGGGGCGAUCAUCACCCACGGCUCGAGCAGAUCCAUUGGCAGCGACUACUCUCACGGACAGUUCGAAGACGCAGAGAGCUUCAGACCGGGAGGACGCAACUUCAAGCGACAGAGCAGCAGGAACGAGACUGCGGCCAAGCCUUCGCGGGCAGAGAACGUCUCCAUCAACAGCCGCGGAUCCGUCGAAUUUUGAGCUUAGUGAUAGACGACGAGCUGGGAGACAGGCCUCCGUCGAGACGCCACACACCACGCGCUGAAGGCCGAGUCGGGCCAAAGUCGUAUCAUAGUAGCAACGCCGUAUCUAAUAUCACUCUAGUUUUUGAAC